GAAAAACUAAUCAGCUCUACUUUAUCUUAUGUGGUGCAUAUCCACUUACAUAUUGCAACAGCACCAAGUUCUGUGUCUUUAUCUCUCACUGCAUAAUCCGGAAUAAGCCCUAUCAUUUUCCAAGUCACCUUCAAAUUCCAAACAAUCCUUGUCUUUUUUCUAUGAUUUAAACUGUCAAAAAAUAAAUGAUAUACAAAGUGUUACUCCAUGGUAGAUUAGAAUCUUAGAAGUUCUGCAACUUUUCUCCUUGCUGUCUCUCCAUGGCCUCAUUAAUGCUUAGUGGUGCUGAAAAUACAAAGCUUAUUAGUGGCAUAGCUCCAUCUGGGUUAGGCUCAGUGGGACUUAGCUUUCACAAGAGCUGCUUCUUCAAGAAAAGUGUAGUAUCUUAUGGUAACAAGUACAGGGCAAGAACCUUGACACCCAGAUGCAGCGUCUCAUCUUUCAGGCCUGCUUCACAACCUAGAUUCAUCCAACACAAGAAGGAGGCAUUUUGGUUCUACAGGUUUUUGUCAAUUGUGUAUGAUCAUGUCAUAAAUCCAGGGCAUUGGACAGAGGACAUGAGAGAUGAGGCACUUGAGCCUGCUGAUCUUUUCGACCGCAAUAUGCGAGUGGUGGAUGUAGGGGGAGGAACUGGGUUCACCACUCUUGGGAUAGUGAAGCAUGUGGAUGCUAAAAAUGUGACAAUUCUUGACCAGUCUCCUCACCAGCUUGCUAAGGCUAAGAAGAAGGAACCUUUGAAAGAAUGCAAGGUCAUUGAAGGAGAUGCGGAAGAUCUGCCAUUUCCAACUGAUUAUGCUGAAAGAUAUGUUUCUGCCGGAAGUAUUGAAUACUGGCCUGACCCACAGCGUGGCAUUAAGGAAGCAUACAGAGUGCUGAGAAUAGGAGGCAAAGCAUGUAUCAUAGGUCCUGUAUACCCAACUUUCUGGUUGUCUCGGUUCUUCGCCGACAUGUGGAUGCUCUUCCCCAAGGAGGAGGAGUAUAUUGAGUGGUUUAAAAAGGCUGGUUUCAAAGAUGUCAAGCUGAAAAGGAUAGGUCCGAAAUGGUAUCGCGGUGUGCGGCGGCAUGGCCUCAUCAUGGGUUGCUCUGUGACUGGUGUUAAGCCUUUAUCUGGGGACUCUCCCCUCAAGCUUGGUCCUAAGGUAGAAGAUGUGGAGAAGCCAGUAAAUCCAUUGUUGUUUCUCUCGAGGCUUAUUCUUGGUGCAAUUGCAGCCACUUACUAUGUACUGGUCCCAAUUUACAUGUGGAUCAAGGACCAAAUUGUCCCAAAGGGCAUGCCAAUCUGAGAUUGGAGAAUGAUAGUCAAAUUUUGGACCUGUGUGCAUCUCUAAAAUAACUGUGAUGGUAACAUGAUUUUUCCUUGCAUCUUUCCAUCUUGGCCACAUAUUAGGGAAGAGUUGCUUUAGGAUGACAUUGUUACUCCAAAACCAUUAGCUUUGGUUUGUGGUAGCUAACUUCAAUUGUUUAGUUGGAAGAUAUGUCAAGUUUAUGAGUACGCCUAUAGCAGAUAUGUCAAGUUUGAUUUGUCUAUUAUAUAUGCUAUCUUGCUUUUAGUACACAAAUAUUGAAAAUGUGCCUGUGGCUUCAUUAUUCAUGAACCAUCUAAUCAUCUAUGGAGGAAUGAGAAAAAUACUGUACUUCA